AUGCCACAGGACGUUCGCCCGGCACCGAAUCGCAUGAACCUUGCGAUUAUGAAACAGAAGCGAAAAGGUGCUCACCAAGGUUACCAGUUGUUGAAGAAGAAGAGUGACGCGCUGACCGCAAGAUUCAGAGGCAUGCUCAAACAGAUCGUUCAGCUGAAGCAGGCCGUGGGCGCAGACAUGAGCACUGCGGCCUUCUCCCUGGCGAAGGCGACCUGGGCGGCGGGCGACUUCAAAUCGCAGCUCUUCGAGCGCAUCAGGCGCCCCGCCACUUUCCUGAACGUCGCCGCCGACAACGUCGCCGGCGUGACUCUGCCCAUCUUCCACAUUUCCACAGAUCCCUCCGUCGAUGUUCUGAAGAACGUCGGAGUUGCGGCAGGGGGUCAGGUCAUCAUGGCGGCGCGGGAGCAAUUCCUCAAGGUCUUCAGCGAGCUCGUGAAGCUGGCUUCUCUUCAGACGGCGUUCUUCACAUUGGACGAAGAAAUCAAGAUGACGAAUCGGAGGGUCAACGCCCUGAGCAAUGUUGUUCUGCCCCGAAUCGACGGAGGCAUCAACUACAUCGUGAGAGAGCUGGACGAGAUGGAGCGCGAGGAGUUCUUCAGACUGAAGAAGAUUCAGGAAAAGAAACGGAACCGAAAGGAAGAAGAGGACCGCCUUCUUCACGAAAGUAAGGAUGUCUGCGGGGCACCUCCGGGCAAAACGACUUGGCGUUCCAUUCUGCAUGCAGGCGCUUCCGGAGGAGCUGCGAACGGCAACGCGCCCCAGUCGCUUCUCAACGAUGACGACGACGAUUUGCUUUUCUGA